AGAUGCGCCGGAGGCCCGCGCAGUGCGUGCGUGCGCGCAGAAUUGACAGCCAAGUUUGAGCGGGUUUCGCUCCGUGACGCCGACGCCGUCCGCUCUUCAAGAUGGUGCAUAUAAAGACAAUCGUGUUCGCGGCGCUGCUGGUGGCCGUGGCAGCCAAGCCCCGCAGGAUCCACUACAAGCGGGAAGCGCCGCUGAGCUCAUCCUACCUGCCACCAUCGGGCGGCCGACCUUCGAGUAGCUACGGAGCCCCGGCGCCUUCGUCCAGUUAUGGGGCCCCUGCACCCUCGUCCAGCUAUGGCGCCCCUGCGCCGUCGUCCAGCUACGGAGCCCCGGCGCCAAGACCCUCAAGCAGCUAUGGCGCUCCAGCACCUAGACCAUCGUAUAGCUUUGGCGCCCCUGCCCCAAGGCCGUCUAGCAGCUAUGGUGCCCCAGCACCUAGACCGUCGUCCAGUUAUGGUGCCCCCGCGCCAAGCAGGCCCUCGAGCAGUUACGGCGCCCCGCCUCCGUCUUCCAGCUACGGCGCUCCCGCCCCAAAGCCCUCUAGCAGCUACGGAGCACCCGCCCCAUCUUCCAGCUACGGCGCUCCCGCCCCAAAGCCCUCUAGCAGCUAUGGAGCACCAGCCCCAUCUUCCAGCUAUGGUGCUCCCGCCCCGCGCCCAUCUUCAAGCUACGGUGCGCCCGCGCGUCCUCCAGCGACCAGUUAUGGUGUGCCCACCGGUCCUUCCACAACCUACGGCGCUCCAGCUCCUAGACCUUCCAGCAGCUAUGGAGCUCCCGCACCUAAACCUUCCAGCAGCUAUGGCGCUCCUGCCCCAUCAAGCUCCUAUGGAGCCCCAUCUCCUCCCUCAAGCUCUUACGGUGUUCCGGCCCAGCCCGCCCCAGUCCCGUCUAGCUCUUACGGCGCGCCUUCAAGCUCUUACGGCGCUCCUGCUCCGUCAUCGACGUACGGCGCUCCCGGUGGCAGCAGCGGCAGCUUCGGUGGAAGCAGCAGCUUCGGUAGCAGCAGCGGAAGCUUCGGCGGACAUGGAAGCAGUGGUGGAAGCGCUUUUGGCGGCAGCGGCUUCGGAAGUGGCAGCGGUUUUGGAAGCAGCGGACCUUCCUCAAGCUAUGGCGCACCUUCAGCACCUUCGUCCAGCUACGGUGCCCCAGCUCAAGCCCCGUCUAGCAGCUAUGGAGCUCCUAGCUCUGGCGGAUUCUCUGGUGGACAUUCCAGUGGUGGUUUCUCCUCCAGCGGCUCAAGCGGCUUCUCAUCUAGCGGCAGCGGUUACUCCUCAGGAGGUUCUGGUGGAUUCGGUGGUUCUUCUGGAGGCCACGGUUCAGGAGGCUACAGCUCAGGAGGCUCCGGUGGAUUCGGUGGUGGAUCCGGUGGUUACUCAUCGGGUCCCGCUAGCGUACCUGAUACCAUCCAACAAAGCUACGACUCUAAUGGCGGCUACUCUUAUUAGGCGGCGUGAAUGCGCAUCAAUCAGUGCUGUGUGUGAUGCUAGGCGGUCAAGUGUUACCUGAUACUUUAAAGUAGCGGCAAACUUGAAAUAACUUGCAUGGAAUAUUAGUACGAGUCCAGUCAGC